CAAACAAGAUGCAGGCGGUCAAGCGGAGGAGUUCCGCCGUCAACAGUUCUGUCUGCAGUCAGGAUGGUCUGGGCUGCGGUGCUGCUGCUCGGUGUCAUAGCUUCGUGCCGGGCUGAGUUCGCUCCUCCCACAGUGAAUAUCAGCCUGGAUGAAGACCCAGACGUACGAUGGAUGCCUCUGCUCAAAGUCUUUGACGUUGAGUACCUAAAGAAAGCUGCCACAGAGGUCAUCGACUCUACAGUUCCAAAAUGGGUGCAUCAUGCACUCACACCUAUUGUGAUGGCCUUGGAGAAGUACGUCCCUCAGCCGUAUGCGGGAGAGAUCCGCGGCUUGGCCUCACACUUUGGAGCAAGUCUGUCAGAUGUCAUCGUUCUUAACUUCGCCUAUGAAGUAUCUGCAUUUUGCACUAGCAUCAUAGCUCAGGACAAAAAUGGGCAAGUGUACCAUGGCAGGAAUCUUGAUUAUCCACAUCCUGUUCUGAGGAAUCUGACUGUCAACGUAAUUUUCCUCAGGAAUGGAGAGGUUGCGUACCGUGGAACAUCCUUCGCUGGCUAUGUUGGAUUGUGGACAGGACAGAGUCCUAACAAGUUUACUGUCACUGGCAACCAGCGAGGCAGUGAACACUGGUGGAACUGGUGGAAAAAUGUGGUGUCUGCUGUCCUCUUUCAUAGAUCCCCUGUCAGCUGGCUGGUGAGAGAGACACUGGAGGAAGCAGAGAACUUUCAGGAUGCGCUGAUGCGUCUCUCCAAAAUCCCCAUCAUCACCGGAGUGUAUUACAUUGUGGGCGGGGUGCGAGCAUGGGAAGGGGUCGUCAUCACCAGAGAUCGAACGGGCCCUGCUGACAUCUGGCCACUGGAUCGUAUGAACAGAGGAUGGUACAGGGUGGAGACGAACUUUGACCACUGGCUUCCUCCCCCAGCUUCAGAUCAUCGAAGAGAGGCAGCCAACAAAGCACUAAAUGCUACUGGCCAAGAUCACAUAAAUAUGGACACACUUUAUCAGGUUUUGUCGCUGUACCCAGUGUGUAAUGGACAUACUGUUUACACAACAGCGAUGAGUGCGGCAGCCCCUGAGAAGUACAAUACAGCUGUCAGGCCACAGGGCUGCUCCAUGGCCGACAGAUAUCCAGCAGAUUUGUGAUGUGGUGUGUGCCUGAACAGCAUAACAUUGUUAGAAUGCAGGGUCAUGAUCAGAUGGAGAUGGGAUUAGGAGAGAACUCGACUUGAGCCCUUGUAGGAUGACAGUGCUUUUCUGCCUCUAGUCAAAGAAAAUUUGGAUUAUUUUUGUAACUUUAUGUACCUGCAGUUUAUAUCUCAAGCUUUAUUAGAAAUAAAGAUAAUUAAAUCACUGUGAGUCAGCUGGAGAACUUUUCUGGAGCAGGGAAAUGACAGAAAUUAAACACAAGUUAAAACUAGAGAAAUGCAUUUUCUGAAGAAAAUGUGUGUGGAUGCUGAGUGCUGAAGGACUGCCGUGAAAAUGCAG